CUUACCUCAGCUGUCAGAAUUCUGUAAAAAUAUUUUUGCCAACAAAAAACAUAAAAAAAAACCCCUUGUUUUUGUAAAAAUUACGCCCAAAAAACUUAAACAAUUCCAAAAUUGCUUCAAACGUAUUUUUAAAAAUGAAUGUCCCCGAACCCACUGAGCAUCUUCUUGCUCUAAAAGUAAUGCGCCUCACUCGACCCACUUUGGUCAGUCCCCAAAUAAUAACCAGUGAAUCUCGAGAUCUCCCUCAAAAUAGUUUCCAAAAAGUAUUAGAAAAUGAUGGUGCAGCUGUUGCUGGCGCCGAAACAUUAACUGCUGGCCAGUUUAUGUUGUUGCCUCAGAGUUUUGGUAACAUUUAUUUGGGCGAGACAUUCUCGAGUUAUAUUUGUGUGCAUAAUUGUACAACGCAUCCAGUCGAAGGGGUAACAGUCAAGGCUGAUUUACAGUCGAUUACGACAAGAAUCAAUUUGCCAAUGCAUGAUAAACCGACGACUUUGAAUGUCGAUGAUACUCUUGAUGAUGUGAUUCAUUAUGAGGUUAAGGAGAUUGGUGCUCAUAUAUUGGUUUGUGAAGUAAACUACUCAACUCCUGCUGGAUUUCAGCAAUAUUUUCGAAAGUAUUUUAAAUUUCAAGUCUUGAAGCCUCUGGAUGUAAAGACGAAAUUCUAUAAUGUUGAAAUGGACGAGAUCUAUUUGGAAGCCCAGAUUCAAAAUAUCACCACUGGACCAUUUUGUUUGGAAAAGGUUGAGCUAGACAGCUCAGAGCAAUAUACUGUGACUCCAUUGAACACCCUUCCAAAUGGUGAGUCAGUGUUCUCUUCGAAAAACAUGCUUCAACCAAACAACAGCUGCCAGUUUCUAUACUGCAUUAAGCCAAUUCCUGAAAUAGCCAAGGACAUCAAAGCCCUUCGUGCUGCCAAUACAAUCGGAAAGUUAGACAUUGUCUGGAGAUCAAAUCUGGGGGAGAAAGGUCGUUUGCAAACCAGUCAACUCCAGAGAAUACCCUUCGAAUACACCGAUGUCCGAAUGGACGUUGUGGAAGCCAAGAAUAUCGUGAAAAUCGGUGAACCUUUCACCUUCAUCUGCCGUGUGACAAACACUUCUGAUCGACCAAUGGAGCUGAUGGCCAAAUUAGAUACAAAAACUAGUUUUGGUUGCGAUUAUACUGGCUCGGCUGAAUUUAAUUUGGGCAAUCUUGACCCUGGACAAGGGAAAGAGUUUCCCUUGACUGUGUGUCCGGCUAAAUUGGGUCUGAUAAAAGUCACAAAUUUGAUUCUUACAAAUGUCGUCCUGAAACGAACCUACGAAUAUGAUGAUGUGGUGCAUGUUUUCGUUGUCGAUUCGGAUUAUCAUGACGAUGAGUCAUUCCAAAUGAAUAAGUUUGUCAGAUAUGAUUUGGCAACUCAAUUGACAUGAAAUUAAUGUGAUAAUGACUUUGUUGGUAGAUAAAAUAAAUUAAAAUUAUAAUUUAUAUGUUCA